UUUACUAAUAUAGCUGUUGCUUGCCCAGCCCCUCUCCAGUAUUAGACAAUGCUGUCAUCGUCUGUAAAGACACAGUGAAAGGACAAGCAUACGCUUUUUUUUUUUACAUGGAAAAGGUCGUGAUGGUGGUUUGGUUCAUUUUUCUGCUCCUCGUCUCUGAUGGAGUUCAUUGUGAACGAAACUGCAGUUAUCAGGAUGUUUUGAACUAUUUAAACCUGUCAAGCAACAAUGAGCUGUACUCCUUGACACGACCAGUUAGAAAUUAUAAAAAUCCCACAUUUGUAUCACUGGAAGUUCUGCUCUAUGCCAUCCUAGAUGUGGUUGAGAAAGAUCAGAAAUUUAUCCCUUAUGUGUGGACCGUCACAAGGUGGAACAAUGAAUACAUUUCUUGGGAUCCCAAUGAGUUUUGUGGAAUUGACAACGUUUCUUUGCCUUCUGACAUUUUAUGGAAACCAGAUUUAACAAUUGAAGAAAUGACUGAGAAAGACAAAGCUCCUCCAAGUCCGUAUCUAACAAUCAACAAUAAAGGAGAUGUUGAAGUUCAGAACGACCAGGUGUUAGUGAGCACCUGCAGGAUGCACAUAUACAAAUUCCCUUUUGACAUUCAGAGUUGUAACCUCACCUUUAAAUCCGUCAUACACACAGCCAGGGAAAUCCGGCUACAACCAAGUGACAACUCUUCAGAAGCCACAGAGUGGUCUCGGGAGUUGAUGAGGACCCAGUAUGAGUGGUUGUUCAAAAAACUGACAGUUACUGCUAACAACGCCAGUGUUUUAACUGAUCAGGAUAUUGUCAUUUACACUAUCACAAUGAAGAGGAGGUCUCUGCUGUACAUUGUCAACUUCUUGCUGCCUGUUCUCUUCUUCUUGUGUCUGGAUUUGGCAUCCUUCAUGAUCUCAGACUACGGAGGAGAGAAACUCAGCUUCAAAGUCACCGUGCUGCUUGCCAUUACGGUGUUACAGCUCAUUCUCAAUGAAAUUCUCCCCUCUUCCUCCAACAGGGUCCCACUCAUUGCCACUUAUUGCAUUGGAGUUUUUGCUCUAAUGAUGCUCAGCCUCUUUGAAACCAUUUUUGUGAUGUAUCUGCGAGAGAGGGGCUCCCAGCAGGUUGAAAGAGACGAACACAACAUACAGGAAUCUAUCAAGUCAACUAGAGACACAAAUGAUUGGACUCAAGGGGGUUUUAUAUACAAUAUGUCUUCUAGUGAAAAUGGUGAAAUGCUGCCUGGUGCCAAGGAGGACAGGGACAGCAAACUGUUGGGGGACUGUUACACCCUGGAGAGGCUUUCAGAUGAACUGAGGGCGAUGGAGAAGAGUUUAACUCAGCUCUUCAAGUCCAAGAAAGAAGAGCAGAUAUGUGACUACUGGACCAAACUGGCAUUAAAAGUCGACAAAACCUUCUUUUUUAUUUACGUCAUAGUAGUCAUCCUGUUUCUGGUUCUAAUUUUCUUAGAAUGGAAUAAGUGAUUCGAGCUCAUUGUUACUGCAUAUUAAAUAUCAGCUGUAUAUAUUUGGGUCCAUCUGAGCACUUAUCUGAACUGCUUUGUAGAAAGAGUAGAAAAAUAUAUUCAGAUGUAUUUGUUAUAACCUGAAUAAUGUAUCUGUUCUAUAUAAAAGUAGAUUGAUGUGCAAAUGUUUGGCAUUAAUUUGAAGUUAUUCAGAUAUUGCUAUAAGAUAACCAACCUAUUCAUAACACUGAGUUAGUGGUGGCCUUAACAGCCGCUUCUCCAUUUUUUCUUCAUUUAAAGGACCAGGACAAUCUUAACCUCUCAAAAGACCUGGUGACAUUUAAUGCAAUUAGUCAUAGAGGAGCUGCAAUUAUCCUUAUCAUCAUUCAUUUAUUUGUAAGUAACUGAUUGUGAAAACCUUGUCAAUGGAUUAAAGAUGUAUACAUUAUCAUAUAACUUUUUAAAUGUGUUGGAAUAUUAGAAAAUAAUAGAAAACUUACAAUACCUUGUUCAGCCUUUAAAAAAACAUUUCCAGUCCCAUCACUGGUUUUUCAGUAACGUGUGAAUAUGGUGUUUGAAAUUAGAAGGUUUGUUAGAGGGUUUUCCUUCAGCACAUUCAAAUUUUAACAAUGUUAAUUAUUACACAACUACCGGUACGUGAAAAUCUAAAUGAUUUUAAUUUAAGCUUGAACAGAGAUUGCUAGGUUUUAUAAAUCCAACAAUCACUUAUAGAUCUUAAACUCUGAAUUGCAUGUGGGAUUUAUCUUAGUAUGUGCAAUGAAUGGGCAUGUGGCAGGUGACCUACAAAGAUUGUUGCACAAAUGCUAAAAUGUACAAAUCAAUUAGGUUCCAUCCAUUCAAAUUAGCAGAUUGCAUGUUCAACAAGCAUGAAGAUAGAUGUAAUAAUGAUAAUUAUAAAUCAGUAAGAUUGACCACAUUUUAUGAAUCCCUUUUAUAUUUAGGAAUCUUUGUUGUCUUAAUCACAUAUAGUUCUGCAUUAUGCACACAUUGGAUGAGUUAAGCAGUAGUUUUCUUUCCUCUUUAAUGUUUCAUAGAAGAAUCCUAGUUUAUUUCAGAAGCACAUAUCUUCUUCUCCACAUAAAAUACAGAGAGCAAGUUCUGAAAAAGGCAACCUAUUCUCAUUAUGAGUGCGCAUGAAAUCGUACGAAAAGUUAUGGACCAUAAUUUCGUACGUUUUGGACAUUUUUUUCGUCGUACGUGCAUGCGCAUCUGAAGCACCAUUCAUGAAUAUAGAAUAUAAAUUACAAUUAGCCCUAACCCUGGCCCUAACCCUAAGAUAUAAAACAGCAAGCAACGUAG